GUGAUGAGCCAGCAAGCCGGGAAUGCUCAGCGUGGGAGAUUUGACGAGGAGCCAAUGUCACUCGGUGAAAAGAUCAGUCAUCGCAUGGAUCAGCUGAAAGAGAUUGUUUCAAGCUCGUGUCCUUGUGCUGGAAAGUUUCCCCCGGUUGCCAUCGUUCUUAUUGUUGCUCUCAUUAUUUUGGGAGUCAUUAUUGCCGUUCCACUUGUCAUCUUUUUGUCGCCAUCGGCUCAAGCCAUGUCAUCCGGCACCAGAGACCUUUCUUCUCACUCGAUUCGUCAUCCCAAAGUCUGGCCGAAAACAGAAAAAGUUCAGGACGAUGAUCUCAGUGCCAUUCAGAUGACGUCACUUUUACCGCCAAAUGUGUCAACAUGUUCCGGAUUUGGAUUCGCGUGUACAGGCUCAAUUGACAUGAUUAUUCCAUCAUCGAAGCGUUGCGAUGGUUUAAAAGAUUGUUCUGAUGGUUCUGACGAGGAAAAUUGUAAGGAGUGUCAGUCAAUCUACUCUUGUCGGGCUCAUAUCGAGGAAGAAUCCGAAAAAAAGGACAAGACUUCUGUUCUGCCAACACUUAUUUGUUUAACCGCUGAAAAGCUCUGCAAUGGUGUAGAAAAUUGCCCAGAUGGUUCGGAUGAAGCCUCGUGCAGGUCCAAAUGCUCAAAAGAUCAAUUCAAAUGCUCAGGAAGCGAUGCAUGUCUUCCAAUUUCUGUCAAAUGCGAUGGAGUUUCAGACUGCGAAAACGAAAGUGACGAAAGUAACUGUAAUAAGUGUCAGAAAGGAGCACACAAAUGCGGAAAGAACUGCAUAAAAGCCAGCAAAGUCUGCGAUGGCAUCCCUGAUUGCGAUGAUGGUUCAGACGAGCACCAAUGUGAUUGCAAAACGUGUUCCGGUUCUGAGAAAGCCCUUUGCGAAGACGGUACAUGCAUUAUGCGCUCCCAAGUUUGUGAUGGAAAACACGACUGUUUGGACGGAAUCGACGAGGAAAACUGUCCAGGAUCGUGCUCCAAUGAACGGUUCUCAUCAAAAUUGAAACUUUUAACAUGCGAUGAUGGCAAUCAAUACUCAGAAGUAGAAGCUUGUUCUGGAUUAGUUGAAGCUUGUGAGCUUAAUUGCCCGAAAUGCGACCCAAAGCACACUUUCACUUGCCCAGCAGUAGGAGGAAUUCAUAAUAAGUGCAUCAAAAGAAGCAAGGUCUGUGAUGGAAUCUUCGAUUGUGAAGAUGGUGCUGACGAGAAAAAGUGCACACCCGUGAAGGAAUGUGUAGUCGAGAGUUCCAUUCAGUUCACCUGCGAUAAUAAAUGUCUUGAAUCGAGUCGUCGAUGUGAUGGAGUUUGGGAUUGUGAAGACAAGUCUGACGAGAAGGGAUGUGACAAGUGCCCAUCUAGAUCUUUCAAAUGUAGUGCCGAUAAAAAGUGUCUCCCAUUCCACACGCGUUGUAAUGGAGUAGCAGAAUGCUCUGAUGGAAGCGAUGAACAUAAAUGUUCUUGCCAAGAAUGCCUUGGUACUCACCACGACACCUACAUGUGCAGUGAAUCGAACAGAUGCUUGAAACGCGGCGAAGUGUGCUCUCCAUAUUCGAUGUGCCCCAAUGCAACCUACAUCGAUAAGGCCUACUGCGCUUCUUUGGCUUUGAAGAAUUCAGGCUUACGUCCCUAAACGUACUAUCACUCAUUACCAAUCUCUCUAAAGAGCUAAUUUUCAUGUGAAUUGUUAUCUACUAAUUUGUAAAACAUGUAUAGACAUUUUCGAUAUUGCAUGCCGAUAAAACAUU